AAUUGAUUAAGUGAAGCUGAGAACGACUCGGUUUCAGAACGCGCAUUACUACUUAGCAGUAUUGACGUAAAAUAUUUGUAUAGAUAGGAAUUACCGGAGUUACUAGUUCCUCUUCUUAAUUUGUGGAAUUAUCUAAGCCGCAAUAUUAUCUUUGAAUUACUAAAAAAAAAAAAAUUACUAAUAGAUCAAAAAGACAAAUUUGAGCAAAAUGUUGCUUAGAGGGUGUAAAUUAAUAAUAGAGAAAAGGCCUAUUACGAAGACACACUUUUCCAGACAGUUGAGCGUUUCUUUAUUACAAGAACCAGAAAAACCAUGCAUGAAGACGGAUAUUCCUGGACCUAAAACAAAAGAAUUAUUAAAAGAACUUUCAUCUUUGCAACAAGCAGAUUCUGUUCAACUUUUUGCUGAUUAUGAUAAGAGCAUCGGAAACUAUUUUGUGGAUGCAGAUGGUAAUACAUUCUUAGAUGCUUUCACUCAAAUAUCAUCUGUUCCUCUUGGAUACAAUCAUCCCGAAUUAUUAAAUGCUUUUGAAGAUAAACAUAAUCUGAUGGAGUUAAUUAACAGACCAGCCCUUGGAGUAUUUCCAGCAACACAAUGGCCCAACCGAUUAAAGAAUGUGCUUAUGCCUGUUGCACCUGCUGGUCUUAAGGGAAUUGCUACCAUGAUGUGUGGCUCAUGUUCCAAUGAAAAUGCUUAUAAAGCUGUUUUUAUGUGGUAUCGUACAAAACAGCGUGGUGGUAAAAUUGAUUUUACACCAGAAGAGAUGAGUUCUUGUAUGUUGAAUCAGCAACCAGGAGCACCAAAGAUGUCAAUACUCUCUUUUAAGGGUGGUUUUCAUGGUCGUACAUUCGGAGCUUUGUCUACAACAAGGUCUAAACCAAUUCACAAAUUGGAUUGUCCUGCAUUUGAUUGGCCAGUUGCUCCCUUUCCAAGAUAUAAAUAUCCACUUGACCAACACCAGAGUGAAAAUCAACAUGAAGAUGCCAAAUGUCUGGAACAAGUGGAAGAUGUGAUUGAAAAAUACAACAAAAAUGGAAAUCCAGUGGCUGGUAUGAUUGUUGAACCAAUCCAGUCGGAGGGUGGAGAUUAUGAGGCUUCACCAGAAUUCUUCCAAAAUUUACAGAAAAUUUGCCAUAAGAAAGGCGUUGCCCUAAUCAUUGAUGAAGUUCAGACUGGAUGUGGACCCACCGGAAAAAUGUGGUGCUAUGAACAUUUCAACUUGCCUACACCACCCGAUGUAGUUACUUUCAGCAAAAAAAUGCUCACAGGUGGAUUUUACUACAACACUGAUUUCAAGGCUCCACACGCUUAUCGCAUAUUUAACACGUGGAUGGGUGAUCCCGGAAAACUUAUCUUAUUGGAAAAAGUUCUCAACGUUAUGAAAAAACAAAAUUUACUCUCCGUCGUCAAUGAGAGUGGUAAAGUUUUAAAGGAGGGUCUUCAUCAGCUCGAAAAUGAGUUUCCCCAUCUUAUAAACAGUGUGAGAGGCCGGGGGACAUUUUUAUCUUUCAACGGUUCCUCUGCUGAAUGCAGGGACAAAAUUAAUACUGAUUUAAAGAAAAACGGUGUGCUGAGCGGUGUCUGUGGUGAAGUUGCUAUACGACUGCGACCAGCUCUUAUAUUUGAACCAAAACAUGCAGCUAUUUAUUUGGAUAUAUUGCGCAAGACAUUGAAACAUAAUUAAUGGAUCCAUGAUUUAAGGCUACCGAUAUCUUCAGUAUCAGUAUUACAAUAUACCCAUAGAGAUUAGACCAUUUAAAACGGAUAGCCUGUACAUCCCUACCAUAAGUAAUUCUUAUAUUCACUUAUUUUACUAGCUCUGCGCCCGCUACUGGAAGUUUUUCCCGCACAGUUCCCGUUCUUGAAGGAAUUUCGUGAUAAAUUAUUCCAUAACAUUUCUCAGACAUUGUCUUAAACAAUGUCUGUACAACAUUUCAUCCUAAUAGGUUCUGUGGUUUAGGCGUGAAGAAGAGACAGACAGAGUUAUUUUCGCAUUUAUAACAAUAUUGCAGUAGGGAUAUGCAGUAGAGUUGUAUAUUAUAUCAAGUACAACGGAAUAAUUCCAUUAGAUUUAAGAAGAAUAAUGUAUUAAUUUAAUAAUUAUGAAUACGCCUCGAAAUGUCUUCCAAUUUCAUAUCUAUACGUAAUACAAUAAAUGUCUACAAUCUCAA